UUUACAUUAUUACAAGGAUCAAACCUAGACUUUGUCAUAUUAUAUAGAAUCGAAUUGUAUGUAGUUAAAGUAAAAAAUCAUAACAUUGUAACAUUAUUUGAUAUCAUCCAACUCAAAUGCUGUGCUGCCAUUUGUAGAUUCUUCCAUUAUUACCCGGUUGGGGCAAAAUGGAUCUUGCGCAGUAACCUGCAUGUGUGUAAAAAGCAGGUAAAAAUAACCUAGCUGGGCGAAAAAGGGAAGGGAAGCCUCUGCUAACCAAUUGAUAAGGAAUAAGAGCUAUUUAUAACGCCGCUGAUUAAGAAGAUGCCGUUUUUUGGAAACACCUUCAGUCCAAAGAAAACCCCUCCUCGCAAAUCUGUUUCUCUCUCCAAUCUGCACACGUUGGAUCGGUCUACGAGAGAAAUAGAGUUGGGUCUUGAAUAUGGAGCCCCUGUAAUGAACAUCGGGGGGCAGAGCUUGAAAUUUGAAGAGGGACAAUGGAUUGCAGAGUCUGGAGGGAAUGCAUCAGGGAAGGAGGUGCAGAGACUAAAAAAGAGGAACUUACAGCUUGAAGAGGAGAACAACCUACUGAGGCUGAAGAUUGACCUCCUGUUGGACAUGUUGUCAGAAACCACUGCAGAGUCUCACCUGAUGGAGAAGGAACUGGAGGAGGUGAAAAAUCACAGCCGAAGGAAGAAGUGAUGAAUAGAAAACUGAAGACUGGUUUCCCAGUGACACUUGAAAAGGAAUUCAUUAAGGGGAUAGAUGAGGGAUGGUGAUGGAUGGCAGUGUUAGUGACCAACUGUGCUGUAAAAUUAGACUGUUACACAUUCUAUACGUUAUAUGGAUUUUAAAUUGUUGAAGGUAUGAGAGUUUAAAUGUGCCCUAUCCUUUUAUAAAAAUGAAUUUCUUUGAUUUAUUAAUUUUUGUAAGCAUUAUCGUAUCAGUGCUGACCUAUUUUAGAAUACUAUGAUUUAUAUUCAACGUCCUGUGUGUGUAUGGGUUUGGCAGCUGUGUGUAUUAGAAUAUUUGUUUUCAUAUCCUUUCUACUUCAUUAAAAGGUUUUAACUACA